AUGGCUCUUGGUCUCGAUGAUGUGGAAAAAACAUCUCGUUUUAACACUUAUUCAUCUCUUGUUAAAGACAACGUAGAUAAAUUUUCAAUUUAUCCACACCAACGCGAUGCUUUAAAGGCGUUACAAUCGUGGUACAAUAAUCAAGAAUCUCGUAUAGGUUUAGUCGUAAUUCCAACUGGUGGAGGUAAAUCUGGUAUUGCUGCACUUGCUCCUUAUAUACUGAAUACAACUCGUGUUUUGGUUAUAACACCUUCAGUACAAAUUACAAAUCAAUUAGCAGAAGCUUUUGGAAAGCGACCGAAAGAAAGUUUUUAUGUAACACGCAAAGUUGUUACAGAAGAAGCAGCAAAUAAAUUUGUUGAACCACUUCGAGUAAUUCAACAAGUAAAAGAAAUUGAAGAUCAUGCAGAAAAUUUAGUUAUUGUAAAUGCACAAAAGUUUGGUACAAAUUCCAAAGUUGAUUGGGAUAAAUUGAAUCCAAAAAGUUUUAAUUUAUUAAUUGUUGAUGAAGCUCAUCAUUUUCCAGCACCAACAUGGGAUAAAAUUGUGUCCUAUUUUAAUUGUAGAACAAUAUUUCUUACAGCUACACCAUAUAGAAACGGUGAACCAAUUCUUCCUGGACAAAUUUGUUAUCAAAUAACUCCUAAUGAACUCAUGAAUAAUGGAAUUAUUCGUCGAACGAUAUUUCAACAAAUUGGAAAUGAUCAAGAUUCUGGACCUGAACGAAGAACUUUACUGAGUGCAGAAAUUCUUAAAAUAUUAGAUGAACAUGAUCGACAAGAUCCAAGUGUUAAACAUCAAGCAAUGGUAUUAACAAAAGAUAAAGAGGAAGCUAAACAAUUUACUAAACAAUUAAAAUUGACAGCUAAACAAGAUAUUGCAGAAUCAUAUACAGGAGAUACAAAAAGUCCAGAUUCUAUACUUCAAAAAUUUGAAAAUGCACAAAUUCGUGUUUUGGUUGUAUGUGGUAAACUUUUGGAAGGAUAUGAUAGAAAACAAAUAAGUGUAUGUGCAAUUGUUCGUAGAGUCGCACCGAAAUCAAAGGUUUUAUUUACACAAUUUGUUGGACGUUGUCUUCGAAAAGUUCGGCUAGAUGAUCCAGUAGAUGGAAGAAUUUUAUCACAUGUUUAUUAUCAACAGCAAAAAAACUAUAAUAAUUUAAAUGAAGUAGCUGAAGAUGAUCCAGAUGAUAAUGAUGAAUAA